AUGCUUCCACAACACACGAAAAACUGGAAACAAGUGAAAUCACAACUUCGAUUACCAUGGGCAAUGAUAUUUCUGAUUUUUUCGAUUUUAUGUACAAUUAUUUGGUUUUUUAGUGGAGAAAAUCCACCAGAAAAACUAUUCCAUGAUAAGAUGAUGUUGAUGGAAACUGGAGAAGAAAAUGCAUUCAUUCAUUCAGCUUAUUAUUAUGAAGAUUCGAAAUCAUUGGGCAAGAACGCAGUGGCAAUCGUUGCCACAAUGCACAAAGGAGCAGUGACCGAUUUGAAUGAAUAUGUGAUGCGAGUCGUGGGAACAAAUUCAACCAGAAGAGUUGUCACAGAAGCGAAACUGAGCACAGAGCAAGACCCUGAAGAGAGCUGUGAAUACACGACAGUCCUUAUCCAGGCCAAUACAGUUGAUUCAAUGUCAAAAUUGGAAUUCGAGACUAGAACUGGGAUGUUGGAGCUGCUCUUCUCAAAACCAAAAAUGGAAACUCCAAAGCCAGUUGUCUUCUGUAUCGCGCCUCUAUUCGCCGCUGAGCAAUGGCAAUCACUUCUCACCCAACUGCACGUCACCAAAAAGUUUGGAGCCCAUUUGCACGUCUACAUGAUGACGAUGCUCGAAAACUACUAUCAAAUGGUUCGAGAAAUGGGCGAGCUGGGAUUAAUGAGCACUCAAUCGUGGCAUACUGUAAAGUUCUCGCAAGUCGCUCGCCCGUUUUUGGAGCCAAGUAGAAAUAUGGAGCUCCGAAAUCCAGCGGCAGCUUUUACGGACUGCUUGCUACAGUAUAAAGAAGCCGCGCAGUUUGUGGGAUUCAUGGAAAUUGAGGAUUUGCUAUUCCCAGUAAAUGCAAACUAUUAUUAUGAGGAGUUUGAGAGAGAAUACGAGGGAAGUAUGCAGAUUAGUGCAUUGUAUUAUCAAAUUGUCGAGGAACAAUCUGUCAAGUAUGCCUCCCCGGACCAGCAAAGUCUCCGCGCCUUGCUAGCCAAUGCUCAACCUGGGGAGACCUUGAGACGUGGUCGUUCUAUUGUCCGUACCGAAAGAUACAAUUCCACAUGGACCCACUAUUCAACCCAAGCUGAACGUCAGCCUAUUUAUCUGUCUGAGCAAGGCGAGCAACCACACCAUUUGAGCAAAAAGGCCAUCACAACGAACGCCUUCUUGAGGUUCAAGAACUUGCAAUAUGGAACCGAGGAACAAUUGAAUGCUACAGUAAUCCCACAAAAUCCAAUGAGUCAGGACUCACUACUUUUGAAUGAGGAGGCACUAAUGGAGAUCGAGGAAGGGAUUAGAGAGACCCUCCUACUUCCUACACUUCAAGAAUUUAUCAAAAAAUUGCCAACUGAAGAUUUUUAUUCGACAAAACUUCGCGAGUGUCUAGAUGAGCAGAAAUCCGGAAAAGGGUAUUGCGUGAAUACGAAAUCUUGUAAACUUCCAAACAACGACAAAAUUCCUUGCCGACACUCGGAUGGCUUGUAUCAUUCUGGAAGAAUCAUGAAGCCGUACACGUGGCAUUUUGUUACUGAAUUUUAUUUUACAAGGAACUUAGGUUGUUAUGAAUAG